CUUCCCUCCCUCGGUCUCUCUCACGCUCACGCAUCCAUUCUCCAGCCAAACAUCGCGAUGGAUGCAACGCCACUCGGCAAGAAGGCCCCGCCGGCCGCGCAGCAGGCGGUGGAGCGGCCGUCGCCCGAGCCCGACGACGCGGCGGCCGGCGUGAGGACGAGCGGCGGCGGCGGCGAGGACGACGACGAGCAGGUGGAGAGGUUCUACGCGCUGCUGGAAAACAUCCGCGCCAUGAGGGGCAUGCUGGGCGCCACGGCCGCGGGGAGGAAGCGGGCGCGGGAGGCCGAGCCGCCGUGGCGGCCGGCGUUCAGGAUGGAGGACUUCGAGCUCGACGAGGUCCAGUCCGACGCCCCGUGCUGCGACGCCAAGAGGGAGAGAAGCCGCGGCGCGGGGCGGCCGCCGGCGGCAGCAGGGAGGGAGACGACGGACGACGACGAGGGGGGCGAGGGCGAGGAGGUCGUGGAGGUGAAAUGUCCCCGCCGGCCGCAGCACAAGGCGCGUCGCCGCGCGGGUGUGCUGGCAGUUGACAGGCUAGGCAGUAGAUAGGGCGGACGCCGGGUCCAGAUGCACGGAUUGUGCACGUUUAUGGUGUUAAUUGCCCUUUACUAAGGAAACAUGAAUCAUGUUCUCUCUCUGUCAUGUAUAAUAAUUAUUAUCACAAGAUUUCAGGGUCAGGUACGUGUACUCUAACAGCCCUGUCCUGUUUAUAUCUGCAAUAAAUGCGACUGCCGUGGUUCUUUCGUGCUUGGCUA